GCUUCUGAGUUCUCAAGUGCCUGUCCUGCAAAGAUUGGCACCUCAAAUUGUGUUCAGGGUGUGGAUGGGGAGGUGGUGAGCCUGGUGAAUUCCGCAUGGUAGAACCAACAUUUACCACAAGGCAGUUUGCUCUGAGCCCUACCCAGCACCAGGUGCUAAAAGGCAGCAAAGCAUGAUGAGAGAUGGCUUCUGAAAUAGGUUCCACAUUUGGGGAUUUGGGUUCCUCUGCCAGCCUAAGGCAGAGCUGUCCUCAACUGCUGGGAGAACCUGGAACAGGAAAACUGCUCUGAGUCGCCAGGGGGACUCUACAGCUCCGUGGCCACAUCGUGGCUUGGGCCCCUAGCCUAUUCUAGCCAGUCAGCACGGGGAGUUUGGGUUGUGCUGGAGGAGCUGGCUGUGUGCAGGCGGCCGAGUGAGCUGCCUGCUAAUGGGGCUGGGCCACCCUGUGCUGCUCCCUGGAGGCUGGACAAGGCUGGGAUUGUUCCCUGGCUCCCCUUUGUCUCCCCACUCCCCGCCCAGGCCUGGCCCCUCUCCUCCAUCAGCCUGGCUGGCAGCAGCCUCGGACUCCGCCCGUGGAGCCCUGGGCCUGCUGACCCACCAGCUUAGGAGCACCCGCCAAGCUCUGGGUAAGGAAGCUCACCUUCUGGGGCUCUGACACCACCUCUCUGGGGAAAUAGAGGUAAAACAUCUUGAUCCAGCCGUCCCUCCCCCAUUUCCACAGCAACUGCACACACCCCACUCCAGAGAUCUCCAAACCCUACUACUAAGGGAAGGCACCGUGAGGGGAGCUAGACCCCAGUGUAUUCCUCACUCCUUCCCCAGAUAGAUGGGCAGCACUCAGGGUAGGGGAGAACUCCCCCAUCCCACUUGUGGGAGCAAGCAAGGGAUACCCUGGGAGGCCCUCAUCCAUCUUUGUUCUGCUGGAGUGCAGGGACUAGGGCCAGGUUUGCCCUGUGCCCAGCAGGGUCUCCAGCACCCAUCUCAGGGGCAGAGGCUGGGAGAGUGACUGCUGGUUCAAGCCCUAGAGUGCAUGCAGCAAAAACACGGAUGCAUUGCUGGUGGCAGGAAGAGGAGGGACUAGGCUCUAGAGUUGCUGCAAAGUUUUGGCCUGGGGAGGUGGGGGGAGUGUCCUAGUCCUCCUCCUGGGGCAGCUCCGCCUGCCCAGCUGGCCCAGCCCCUCCACUUGUGCCAAGGAAUGUGCCGGGAGAGGCCGGCAGGGCAGCAGAGCCGCGGCCACCUGGAGGCAGUGCACAGGUCAACGUGGAGGUGCCAGGCCACCAUGCUCAGUCUCAAGCUGCCCCAACUUCUUCAAGUCCACCAGGUCCCCCGGGUGUUCUGGGAAGAUGGCAUCAUGUCUGGCUACCGCCGCCCCACCAGCUCGGCUUUGGACUGUGUUCUCAGCUCCUUCCAGAUGACCAACGAGACGGUCAACAUCUGGACUCACUUCCUGCCCACCUGGUACUUCCUGUGGCGGCUCCUGGCGCUGGCGGGCGGCCCCGGCUUCCGCGCGGAGCCGUACCACUGGCCGCUGCUGGUCUUCAUGCUGCCCGCGUGCCUCUACCCCUUCGCGUCGUGCUGCGCGCACACCUUCAGCUCCAUGUCGCCCCGCGCGCGCCACAUCUGCUACUUCCUGGACUACGGCGCGCUCAGCCUCUACAGCCUGGGCUGCGCCUUCCCCUAUGCCGCCUACUCCAUGCCGGCCUCCUGGCUGCACGGCCGCCUGCACCAGUUCUUUGUGCCUGCCGCCGCACUCAACUCCUUCUUGUGCACCGGCCUCUCCUGCUACUCCCGUUUCCUGGAGCUGGAAAGCCCUGGGCUCAGUAAGGUUCUCCGCACAGCAGCCUUCGCCUAUCCCUUCCUGUUCGACAACCUCCCACUCUUUUAUCGGCUCGGGCUGUGCUGGGGCAGGGGCCACAGCUGUGGGCAGGAGGCCCUGAGCACCAGCCAUGGCUACCACCUCUUCUGUGCGCUGCUCACUGGCUUCCUCUUCGCCUCCCACCUGCCCGAAAGGCUGGCACCAGGACGCUUUGACUACAUCGGCCACAGCCACCAGCUAUUCCACAUCUGUGCAGUGCUGGGCACCCACUUCCAGCUGGAGGCAGUGCUGGCUGAUAUGGGAUCGCGCAGAGCCUGGCUGGCCACACAGGAACCUGCCCUGGGCCUGGCAGGCACAGUGGCCACACUGGUCUUGGCUGUAGCCGGGAACCUACUCAUCAUUGCUGCUUUCACAGCCUCCCUGCUUCGGGCCCCCAGUACAUGCCCUCUGCUGCAGGGUGGCCCACUGGAGGGGGGUACUCAGGCCAAACAACAGUGAAGCCCCAUCCCUGACCCUGCCCUGGAGGGGGCAGGGGCCAGGCCCCCGUGCUGAGGAGGAGCCCAGAUUUGGGCCUAAUCAGGUGGGGACACAUCUCAGCCUGGAACCAACAGGGGCUGAGGAAAGAGGGCACAGGAGAGAGGGCAGAGGAGAGGAGGGGUGUCUAGGGGGAAUGGCAGAGUGUGAGAGGGACCGUGAGGGGGCUCUUGAUGGGAGUAGAGGAAGUGCUGAGGGUCUUGAGAGGGGAGAUGCAUGCGUGUCCAGGCUGAAGAUGCCCCCACACUCUGUCAAAGGUUGGGGCGGGGCGGUGUUGGGGUCCUUUCAUCUGGCUCCAUUUCUGGUGCUCCUGAAGUCUCUGCUCAGCACAGGGAAGAACUAACAUGACUAACCUAGGCCUACCCCAAAUGCUUCUUGCUAACCAGGCCAAGAGGCCACGCACUUGGCUCCCAUCCCCACAAACCAGGUAAUGCCAGUUUGCCAGCAGCUAUUUGCCUAUAGAGAUGAGUCUGUCCUGGUCAUAACUGUGUACUCAAGGUGUCCAGGCUUUUGGGGGUGGGCCUAUCUGGGUGCAUUAUGGAUGGUUCGGUGGAUUGAGGUGUGGGGACGAGGGUCCUAGGCUAGAAGGGGGAUCCCAGUUAAGACUUUAGGAAGACACCUUCAAUGUUUUCUGGAACAAGGCAGGUACAAAUAAAAAAUAAAAUUUUGGAAAGCA